AUGUGGAGCAGGACAUCCCGUCCUGCGGGUUUUCCAUCGGCAGCGGUUCCUCUUCCUCCUCUUCCUCUUCCUCUGACCCACCGUCCGACAUCGGCAUCUUCUCCAUGUCUCCAUCCUCCGUCGUCUCGACGUAGUACUCCGUGGGACCUGACGUGGUCUCCAUGUCGGGUGUGGGCGCCGGGGUGUCCAUGACCGGCUCCGGGGUCACCUCCGCCUCGUAGGAUUCGCUCAAGUCGGGGUAGAUCUCGGUGGUCGGGGACGGGGUCGUGACCGGCGAGGUGUAAUCGUCAUUGGGACCGGCCUUUGACGGCCAAGGCGAGCAGCAGCGGCCCGGCGCACAUCGACAGGUAUGACUUGUUCAUCUU